AUGACAUAGUCAUGUUUAACAACCUUGCAAUUUCAUAUACUUGACCCUAACAGCAGGCAAGGACUGAAAUGUAGGAAAUAAGAGUUUGUGAAUUCAAUUAUUAAGGGGGUGAAAGAGGGAUGGCUAAUUUGCACUUUUAUCUUUAAAGCGAAUAAGCCUGCAAGGGGAAUUUGGAAAGGUCCAUCUGGAGAGUGGCGAGCGACCGGCAAUUCUGCACAGCGGCGUGGUGGGUAGCUCUGUGAUUGAAGACGAAGAGAAAAAUCGAAGGGAAGAGAGGAGGCGCCGGAGUAGAAGAAAAGCCAAUGGGAGAUUCCGAGAAAUCAUUUCUGAUCAGGCAGUGGGAUGAGUACAAAGGGUUCUGGGCGGAGAGGUUCUCGUUUCUGGACAACUACUCGAGGUUCGUCAAGCGCGACAAGCCCCUCCCGUCUUGGUCCUCCGAUGACGUCCAAGAGUUCAUCGCUUCCGAUCCCCAUCACGGUCCCACUCUGAAAACUGCUAGAGAAGCAGCAUCCUUUGGUCUCACCGGGAGUCUUCUUGGAGCAGUAUCAACUGCUGCUUUUGCCUGGAAAUACUCAAAGAGCUUACAUGGUGCUGGGCUGUCCUUCGUUGCCGGCGGUGCCUUUGGCUGGACAUUCGGUCACGAAGUCGCGAAUCACUGGUACCAGCUUUACAGGAUGGACACCAUGGCUGCACAGGUCAAGUUCUUGGAGUGGUGGGAAAAGAAAUCUGAAGGGCAGUCGUAAGUUUCGGAAGAUCCCCGAAUCCAAAUUCGAUCUCUUUCCCCUUUCCCUGUUUUUUGUUUUUGGCGAGAUCCUGUAACUGUUGGUGAUUGCUCUCUCUUACUGAAGAUGUUAAGGGAACUGGAGAGAUUAUCGCCUCCUUUUUUCUGAGUCUUUUCUGUAGAGUGGUUGAAUGAUACCGUUGCGGGCUGUUCUGGGUUGGAUUUCGACUUGUCGUGACAGUAAUAAUAGUAAUAGUAAUAGUUACAGGGUGGUUCCUUUCCCUUCUAAAUGACAUUCGCAAUUUAUGUGCAGUUUGUGUUGCUAAUGGAUUUUAUCAUGCUGUUCUUGUUCUGCAUAUUUAUCCCUCAAGCUUGU